UAGAAAAACAGCCACACACGCACUCCAGGCAGCCUCAUAUGACGGUGCAUUUAUACGGAUUUCUACCCCUCUUUGUUUUUCUCCAUGCAAGGGACCAACGUUCUAUAGCGUUAUCUAGAUGCAAUUUAGAAAUUCUAAUUUUCCUGAAAUGUGAGUUUGGAUUCUGGAACGUGAAGCCUACAAGUGCGUAAAGUGGCCAGUGUUAUUUAUUCGGCGAAUGCCCCCCUUCUCUCAGUCUCCUCGUGAAUCAUGUCACGCCGGAAGCAGAAACGACCCCAGCAGCUAGUUAACUCGGACCAGGGGGGCACGCGGAUACUAUCGCACGACGACCAGCUGUCAGCAAAGUCACCGUCCACGUCUCUGGGCUCCGAACUGACCUCCUCUGGGUCCUCAUCGUCCUCCCCCACCUCCCUCGAAGAUCGCCAGCCCCCCCUGGCCCCUCGGCCGUCACCUGGGGGUCUCCACGCACCCUCCCUCCCCAGCGAGAGCUCUUCGCCCCCCCACUGGCCCAGCCACAUCGCCCCCUAUACCACCUCCCUCCCCAACACCCACUCAUCCCUCUCUCCAGACUUCCCUCACCCCUCCUUAUCCUCCCAGACCCAAUCCCUGCCACUCAACCUCAAUCAGACAUCGGGCCACACCCUCUCCCAUCAGGCCCACUCCCACGCCACUAUGACCUCACCACAGAUGGGCAGCUCUGCCACCACCACUACCUCCUCCUUGUCCUCCUCCCUCCCUCCCCGCCAGGAGAGCACCAGUCCUGGGCAUCAGAACGGCUCCAGCCCCCCGGUGCCGGGGCAAGGCCAGAUCCAGGUGCCCCUGACCCUGGCUGUGGUCCUGGAGGAGCUGAGGGUGCUGCAGCAGAGGCAGAUCCACCAGAUGCAGAUGACCGAGGAGAUCUGUAGGCAUGUUCUCCGGCUAGGAGGGGCCAUCUAUACCCAAGACACCUCCCAGGCUGGUAGUGGAGAGAACCACCAAAGAUCCACAGCAGGAUCCCCCUCCCCAACACACCAUCCCUAUUCAGCCCCUGUCCCAUCCUCGGCCUCCCCUCUCCUGGCCUGCCUCCCCUCCCUCCUCCCCCAGCUUGCUGUCACCAAGCCCAGCCUCUCCUCUCACAGUAAUGGGACCAGAGCACCACACUCUACCUCGCCCUCCACCACUUGGAGCUCCUCGAUAGCCUCCUCCAUGCAUCCUCUGUCCCUGGGUCUACCCCCGCGCUAUCUCCAUGAGAAAUCCUCCAACACCUCCCUGUUCGGCCACAGCAACGGGGUCAGCUUCCCCACCCCGCCCCUCCCCACGACCAGCCACUCCCAGGACCACCUGCUGCUGUCCAGUUCCUCCUCGGCCGGGUCCUCAUCUGCAGGGCGUCCACAGCAUGCCUGUAAGUUUUGUGGUAAGGUCCUGAGCAGCGAUUCCUCGCUACAAAUCCACCUGCGCUCCCACACGGGGGAGAGGCCAUACCUUUGUCCUGUCUGCCUCAGCCGUUUUACCACCCGCGGGAACCUCAAGGCCCACUUCCUGCGCCACCGUGAGCAGAACCCGGAGUUGUCACUCUCGCUGCUCCCUCCGGCUCUGGAGCAGCCCGCUCCUGUCGCCACCACCGCAGGCCAGAGACGCAGGAAGCGCCGGGCGGAAGAUGAGGAGCCACCGUUCGGUGGCGUGAAAGGAAUGACAGAAGGAAUGGCGCUCAGUUUCCUGUCUGGGGCGUCUCCUCGGCCUUCCCCAUCAUCUAUACCUAUGCCACCCAGUAUGGACAUGGCGCUGUUGUCCACGGCUCACUCCCUGCUACAGCUGAACAGGGCCUCCGCUGCAGCAUCCAGCGCCUCGGGUAGUGUGUUACCUUCAUCAUCAUCAUCAUCCUCCUCCAUGGGUGGCCAGUUCAAAGGGGUGAAGCAGCAGAGGUUUGAUGAGAACACCCCUCCACACUCCACCAUCCAUCCAGGCUCCCCCUACUCCCAGCUGGCCCACUUCCCCAAGAUCCUCUUCCCCGGAGGACCCUCGCCCCACCACCUUGCCCUCCUCUGUCCCCCAGGGACCCACACCACUGCCUCCCAGCUCCCCUACCCUCCCUACUCCAAACCCCAGACGUCCUCCCCCUCGUCCUCCUUCACCCAAACCUCCGACACCUCCAAGUUGCAGCGGCUGGUCAUGACACUGGAGAAGCAGCACCAGGGAGGGGGCCAGUCGUCCUCCUGCGGCCAAGCAGACGGCUCCUCAAACAGGGACACCCACGGCCACGACCUGACCACCAGCUCCAACGCCUACCGCAGGGAGAUGAUGGCAGCGCUGGGCCUCAACCCCAACCCUGGGGCCAUGGUGAGCAGCAACAGCCAGGGACAGGAUCUCCCAGGAUCCACCAAUCCCGCCCUGGCCCCUAACCAGUGUUGUGUGUGCCUGCGGGUGCUCUCCUGCCCCAGGGCCCUGAGUCUCCACCAGGCCACUCACCUGGGCGAACGCCCCUUCCCCUGUAAGCUGUGUGGACGCUCCUUCUCCACUAAGGGAAGCCUGAGGGCCCACCUCGCCACCCACCGCGCCCGUCCGGCCAACUCCCGCACCCAGAACUCCUGUCCGCUGUGCCCGCGCAAGUUCACCAAUGCCCUGGUGCUGCAGCAACACAUCCGCAUGCACCUGGGUGGUCAGAUACCCCCGGGGGGAGAGGGGGAGGAAGGCCCAAAUAUGCCCCAAGAGGAUCCCACUGAUCUGAGCCAAAUGACCACAGCCUCUCCAUCCAAACCCUGCCUUCAAGGCCUCCAACCCCUGGCCUUAUCAAUGACCAGCUCCAUCUCUAACCCUAACCUGCUGGUCAGCAGCUUGGACUCAGGAGGGCCAGCGACCAAGGAAUCCCAUGCAGCUGACCCGAGCCCCCAUAUAGAGGGAGAGUCUGAACCCUCACCCUCAACAGCCAGCAUUAGCCCACCUCUGACCCAUAAUCCCUCCCCAGAAGACCCCAUGCUCCUGGGGCAAAGAUCUGAGUCUGACGACGGCCCCGCUGGAGCCUCCAUAGAAGACUCGCAAGACUCCCCAGCUGACCUCUCUAACACCAGCCCAAGUAGGCGACCAUCCGCGACCAGCUCCCAGCCCGCCUCAGUGGUGAAGGGUGAGGCAGAGGAGAAGGAAAACGUCCCUCUCGCCCUCUGUCCCCCCAGACCAGGUGUGGAUACUGAUAGCAGUAGGUCAGGAGGGCUCACUAACGGCUCUGGGUCAACCACAGAGAACCAGACCAACUCUCCAGAUGGACUCCUCCUCAGCCUUGAAUCUGAAUCCACCCUGAACUCCCCUGCCACCCUCACCCCAUCCCUACCACCCUCACCCCCUCCCCCUAAAGAAGCUCCAGAGCCAGCCCCCCAGGCCUCCAGUAUCACCCCACAGGAGCCCAGUCCUGAAGGGGAGGUGGCCCAAUCUGAAGGGGAGAGCGAGGGCACAGCACCCAGAGAUACCUCAUCAGUAAUGGGGCUUGAGAGUGAGAAGGAGACCCCUAGCUCCACAGAGGAGAGCGAUAGGGCUCCAAAGGUACCAGAGGCCUCCCAGCUAGCCACCCCAGCCUCAACGCCCUCCAAACCCUACUCCUGCACCAUGUGUGGGAAGGCAUACGCCAGCCGCAGUGGAUUAAAGGGACACAUGAAGACACACCCUGUGUUGACCAACGUCCCCACCGAGACUUCUCCUCCCGCCACCCUGACCAAUGACACUGUGGAGGAUCCGAGUUCUCUCUCAGCCAAUGGGAACACUGGAGAGAAGGAUGAAAAGGAACGAUUGGCCAAAUCUCCUGAGAAACUUGUUACCUUAGAAGAUCAGCCAAUCACUGCUGGUUCUGGGGAGGAAGCAGAGCAACCUGCGGACACUACUGAGUAAAAAGGCAUAUGAUUGGCUGCUGAA